UAUUUCCAUCUGUUCACUCAGUGACUUUUUUUUUUGUCAGCAGAAGGUUGCGUCGGAGAAGCUCGUGUGUUUCGGAAAGCGUUCCCUGUGAAAACUGUGACACGUCCAGUUAGCAGGCAGUGGAGCUAGCAGGCUAACUAGCUACUUUUAUUCCCAGUAACACUGCUAGGAAAUGGAGCUACUGCUCUGCAAAACAUCACCCACAGAUGCAUGUGCCCCGGCAGCAAAAUCCUCACUUUAAUUAACCUCUGUGAACGUUUUCUCCCCCCCUCCUCGGAGUGUGAGACAUUUCGGCGACGUUGUCAUCGGAGAGUUUGACAGGAGUGAAAUAUCCCCACUACUGUACUGCACUUGGGCUUUUCUCGUCCAAACCGAAGCAAGAUGGACUCUCAUUCGGCUCGUCUGUCUUGUCAGGGCUCACAUCGACAUUUUGCACGGAGAUGAAAAUGUGUGCUUAGAGGUCAUCGUCAUUGCAUGACAAAGGCUGUGGCAGAUUCAUCUCCAUCACUCAUACAGCAUUUCCAUAGUUUUUCUUGAGUGCGGUAGUACCAUGAAGGGUGGAGGAAGAGGCAAGGAGCCACCUGUUGCAGGGGAGGUCACUGGCAAACGACCCAAACGCAAAUGCCUGCAAUGGCACCCACUUCUCUCCAAAAAGGCUUUGGAUUUCUCCGAGGAGGAAGAAGAAGAAGAUGAAGAGGAACUGGAGAAGCAGCCAGUGAUGUGCAAUCAGGACCGGGAAUCACAGGUGCAGUGUGGAAGCACAACAGAGGAACUGGAGGAGGACCCCAGUGAACAGCGGGCACGCCGACCUAUGAAUGCUUUCCUCCUCUUUUGCAAACGUCACCGUUCUCUGGUCCGGCAGGAACACCCUCGCUUGGACAACCGUGGGGCCACCAAGAUCCUGGCUGACUGGUGGGCAGUGCUGGAGCCCAAAGAGAAGCAGAAAUACACUGACAUGGCCAAGGAGUACAAGGAUGCCUUUAUGAAGGCAAAUCCGGGCUACAAGUGGUGUCCCACCACCAGCAAACCAGUUAAAAGCCCUUCCUGCCAGUCAGUCAGCAAUCCUCGCAAAAAAGUUUGGUCCUUCUCUUGCAACUCAUCCAAGGACUCCACUGCCAAAAAAGUGCCCAAAACUGACAGCAUGCCACAGUUAAACUUUGCCAUGGCAGAUCCUACAAAAAUGGGAGGCCUAAGCAUGUUGCUGUUAGCUGGGGAACAUGCCCUCACAAACAGAGAGAUCCCUUCAAGCACUAAACCUAGUUUACCUGACACACGCAGUGAAGGGAACUCCUUUCCAGAGGACAAGGAAGAGAUGUUGUCUGGAACAAUACCAAACAGAGUGCCUGGCACUACUGAAAGCAGGGUCAAGUCUGCUCUUUCUCCAAUGGCAGAGUCAUCGCUGUCUCUGGCACCUGAAGGAAAACCAUGCAGACAAUCUGCACUCUUUCAGCUUGCUGAGAUGUGUUUAGCAUCUGAGGCCGGAAAAAUGGACACAGUUGUAUCUCAGCCAGAGGACAGCUCCUCUACAGCCUCUAUCCAGCAAACUACCAUCAAGCCAGAGGUCAAGGAGGAGAGAGCAGACACUAACAACUGUCCUCCCUCCCCACAUGCAUCAGCCCUCCUACCUUCACUCUCUUUUGUCACUUCUACCUCCACUGAUGUCAUUCCCCCACAAAUCAGCAGCCAAAAUACAUGUGUCAAAAAGAAGAGCAAGAAAAAAGAUGUGGCCAAAUCAAAUGAAGAUGAUCCGAUGCCUUGUUCAGCAAAGAAGAUAAUCAAGAACUGUAACAAUUCAGAAUCAAACGUGGACAGUGUCUUCAGUACAAUUGAGGCCGUGGCAAAAGGGGCCUGGAUGGGCACAGAGGAAGAUCCCAAGAAGAAGAUCCAGAGCAGUCUUAGUGAUGGAAACUCUGGUUUACCCAAAAAGAAAAGUAGGCCCAAAGCCAAGACCUUUAUCAAAGAGAAAGAGGAUGAGAUGGAUGACAGCAGUGGGCAGUGUGGGCAGUACAGCUCCUCUGAGGUGGAGAAGAAGGAAGAGAUUACAGUUUGUCCCAAGACAGAAGCAGAAGAAGCAAAUAUAGAAAGCACAGACCUCCAGGGUCACAUGGCAGAAUCCUAUUUCUCCCCUUGCAGCCAUUCACCUGUUAAACUCAAAGAGGAGGACAGGGGGAAGGAGAGGGUGAGUGAUGCAACCUCUGAGUCCAGCGCAGAAAACCGUGGCUCCAGGAAAUCAGAGCGGAGCUGUAAAGGCGCCUUGUAUAAAACUCUUGUCUCCGAGGGCAUGCUGGCAUCGCUGAGAGCCAAUAUUGACCGAGGUAAACGAGGUGCUGUCCGUGCUUCUGAUCAUGAUGCUAACUGGGGUGAUGACAGCUGGACAGUUUCACAGAUGGGACCUAAUAACCCCAAGAAGCUGAAAAAGUCCAAGUCCAAAGAUGAUUCUUCACAACAAGGCUUAGGGAAGCUGGAGGAGGAGUUUGAGAAGAAGUUUAACAGCCUGCCACAGUAUAGCCCAAUGACUUUUGAUAAGAAGGGGACAGCUGUCGCAAAGAAAAAGAAGACUGAUGGUUCAUCUGUUCAAGAGGAUGCCUCUAAUGCUAGAAAAGGGCCAUCUCCAUCUCAGAAAAAGACUUCAUUCCACAAGAUUGUUAGGAAGCACAAACACAAAAAGGAGAAAGCACGUGCAGUGGACGAAGCCGUGGUAGAGAGUGAUUCCAUGAUGCUGGAUUCAGCUUCAAAAGCCAAAUCAUGUGCCCCUGUUGCCAUAAUGUGCCCUGAUGUCCAGGGUAUGACUAACAUGGAGAUGCUAGUUGGUAGCCAGAAGAGGAAGGCUAGGAAGACCAAGAUCACACACUUGGUUCGCACAGCUGAUGGCAGCGUUUCUCCAGCUGAAGAGGACAAAACAAGGGACCUGAACCAGGAACAGGAUAAGAAGCCAUUAUCCCAACAGAAUUUAUGCAAUGAAAAAGGGUGCUACAGUAAUCCCAGAGCAGAGGAGGCAGAGAGGAGCACCGUACCACAAGAGCUACCUGCUUUCUUGAGCUUGGCUGCCCUUGCUGAGGUAGCAGCCAUGGAAAACGUUCACAGGGGCCAGAGAGGUUUGGCCGAGAGUCAAAAGACGGAGCUCGGCCAGACAGCAGUUCUCAUCUCCUGUGCUGAUCAGUGAAACUCUGCUGCUGCUGGUAUAUGAAGCCACAAAACGGACAUUGGCAGUGUAGCUUUACUUUCCUCAGUGGUAACCCCACGCUGAGUGAAGACUUGAUCAGGAAGCUUGGGACAGACUCCACCUUCCCCCUCGUGGUGAAUUUGCUUGAGCAGGGAUUUAUGGUGGGGGAAAGAGACCCUCUCCUCAUCGUCCCUGCUCCCUGCUCUCUCAGUGUUUUCCCCUGAAGCCUUCCUUUAGUUGAGGGUGGAUGCCUUUCUUAAGUCCUCGCCCUGCUUAGAUUUUCUAUUAGGACCUGUGGAAGAACCAAGCUGUCUCCUAGUGCAUGGCUUCCCUUAUAGAGAUGGUUGUCAUGGGUUUAUUGUGCACUGUUUUGUCAAAUAGAGGCCAUUUUUAAGGUCAAGUCCUGCGAUUGAAAAAAUGGCAUUUUAGGUAGGGAAAAUACCCGACACUGCAUUUGUUUUGUAGGCAAACACAGCUUUCUGGCAUCUUUUUACCUCACACACACCUGCUGAAGAGUUCCCUCCACCUCUGCUACAAUACCUCUAUAUUUAAAUAGCUCUUAUCCCUUCCAGUCCUUCCAGCUUCAACCCAAAAUUACUUUAACCAGGGUAAAUUAUAAUGAUGGAUAGACCUCUACUACCAACUACUUGCAUAAUGUUUCUGUGUGGUACACUAAUAGUGUACUCAAAUUAUGAAGAAAUCAUGGCUGAGUUGUUGAUAUGUGCGCUUAGAUGAUGCUACUUAUAAACAGUGUGUGGUAGCUACCAAUAAUCAUGUUAGACUGAAUGUGAAAAGUAGGCCUGUGCAUACCCUUGCUUCUGAACCAGAGGGGACUGUAGCUGAGGGUGUUUGCUCUGUUUAUCUUUGAAUAGUAAGUUCACAGUGUCUCAGUGAGGCUUAUGAGACUGUAGGUCUGCUAAUAAACUGCUUAUUGUGACGGGGAGGUUGAGUGAAACUGAUUAAAAUAUAGCCUUAAACCUCCCACCUCCACAUUCUUUGCCAUGACAAAGCCCUCAACUAGCUUCUUUUUCUAUGUCAUCACAGUCCCAGAGUUAGAGUAAACAUUUUUCAAUAGUGAAUUGCAGUCUUUGUCAAUACUUGAUCUUAUUGCAGUUUGCGUAGCAGUGAGAAAGGUGAAAUUCUUGUGUGCAACUUAUUUUCUGGAUUUUUAUUUUUUUUUUUUGGGUUUUUAUUGUUGGUGUUUAUUCCGUAAAAACUGCACUAAUUCAUUGCUGAAGUUUGAGUUGCUCAUGAAAGGGUAAUGAUAAAAUGCCUCGUCUCCACCAGUCAUGGUUCUUAUGCCAUAGCCUGUCUCAAUAGUGUCUUUAAUGCCCUCAGGACCUGGCUAAAGCCAGCUACAAGUUGCUACACAAAGGGUCAGGUGUUAGUCAGUCUCAAUGAAUUAUUUCUUUUAUUAAAUUGUUUUGUAUUACAAGUCUCAUAAAAUGAGCAAGUUAGUCAAAAAAAAUAAACAAAACAAUGCAGAAUUAAAUUUGCUGUUUUUGUUUUUCUGAUUUUGUGCGCAAACCAAAUAUGGAUUUGAUGUGACAAAAUCAGACAGCACUGUGCUUUGGUUCCUCUUAGACCUAAUGGUGACGAGGCAUUUAUUAAUUCCCCACUUGUUUCCUUUUGGCCUUUUGAGAUUUUAUUGCCAAGUAAUGGUCUAUUCAGAGGUCACAUGUAAUCAAUGUUCUGAUUGUAGAAGUAUUUAUAUAUACAUGGAACUUGGUGUUCUUUAUUUUGGGUUUUUUAUGUUUGGUCAGAAUCAUUACAUUCCCCACGUCUGUCUUGGCCAUACUUCUGUGUAAUGUUUAUCAGCUGUAAAAAUGCAUAAGGAUGCAGUUAUACUGCAGGUUUCUUGUCUUCCCAAGAGCUGGUGGAACCUGGAAGAGCUGCUGACACAUGCUAAUCGAGGCUAAAUGAGAGCUGUGCAGACUGCCCAGCAAUACCUCUCUCCUCCUGACCCAACAGCCUUUUGUUCCUCUGUGUAGACCAGUACUACAUCUGUCACAUUUUAGAUUCAGUCACAUUUAUAAGUUGUGUCGCUUUUUGUUUUCCUAUUUUACCAUUCUAACUUUAUAAGUGUGUGCAUUUAUGAUGUUCUUUUAAGUAGGUACUUGACGAACUUCAUUGGUUUUUCCUGAGGUCAAGUUUACUGGACUGUUGUCAAAAAAGUUCAAGCUCAUAGAGAAUGAAACAUCUGUGCUUACAUGGUAAGCAAGUAGGCAUUGAGAAAUUGGUGGCUUUUUCACCUGUGGAGGUAUAUAUGAGUGUACUUCAAAAAGUUCUUGGCCUCAUCCAGAUGCAAGAGACAAAACUCUCAUUUUGGGGCAUAAUUAUAUACUAUAAGCCUAAUAUCACUUCCACAAAAAUUCAAAUGAUUGUUGCAAUUUCUUUGCAAGGAGAGGAUAGACUGGAGCUGGUGUGCUGUUGCUCCAGGACAACGUACCGUCCACACAGCACAGGUAGCAGUCAGCACAGGUGCACAGCGCGCCACUUCUAAACUUUCCUCUUCUUUUUUCUUUGGUUAUUUCAAAAAAUGUGACUUUUCCUGGACAGUGAUGGCAGCUUUCUAGUAUUCAGCUGCUCUCCAAAAUGGGAGUUACGUCAUUUCCGGGUAAAGCUGAGAAGUGGUAAAAAUACUCUCAUAUAUGUCCAUGACCGCUUCAGAAAUUCUUUGGUAUGUGUUAAGAAUGCUUUUUGACACUUAAUGACAGGACAGUCAAAUAAGAAACAUAUGGGUCUUAGUGAUUUGUUAUGUAUUAAAAUAGUAUGUAUUUUUCCUAAAUCAAGGCAUUGUUACAUGGUAAUGAUGUUUGCUUACGUAGGCCCUUGUGUGUAAGUAGUGGUUUACAUGCAACAAAUCUAUAGUUCCUCUAUGAAUUUGUGCUUGAACUCUAACAAACUUACUGCAUGUUUCCAAGUUAAAAUUACAGGACCCACAGUAUGCCAAUGUGUGUGUGUGUGUAUAUAUGUAUACACACACACACACACACACACACACACACACAGAUAUGACAGAAAGCUAUUUUAAGGAUGCUAUCAUUCAAGCAGUAAACUGUAUAGUUCUUCCACUGGUGGCCAUCAGUGUAAUUCUUUGCAAAGACAAAGAAAUUGUCUUCCCCCCCAAAAUAGAGAUAUAUUUCUUUAUAGCAAGUGAGUUUAUUGACAUUUGCCAAAGAAAGGGAAAGGUAUAUUCAAAUGGAAAUCCUGUUUAAAAAAAAAAAGCUUGCAUAACAGUUGCACUGAAUUUUUUAGGUUUUUUAAAUAUUCAGGUAACAAUAUUAGCACAAUUCAUCCUGUGUAUCAAA